AUGAUGGCAAGCAAUGCCGGCUUGCCUGCACGUACUCUACCGAACUUGGAGACGGCGACCGCCUGUGCAACACGACGCGGAGAUGACAUUUACCAGUCCUUGCAAAUCCUCAACCUUGACGCUCCCUUCAAUCUCAACACACCCCUCCCCGCUCUUCCCCCGCGGGCGGCUCGCAUGAUGAUCAUGGCAGCGCCCCCCGUCAAAACACCCCAUGGGCCAUGGGUUCUCGCGAACCGAGCGAUGCCCAGGAGCGGCAAUGGUCGUGGCCACGACGCCACGUUGAUGCCCAAGGCACACACACCCACACAUGAGGCAUCUGGCAUGCGCAGGCAGGCGGUGUUUAACGGUCUGCAUCUUGUCUGGCAACAGCAACAGCGCGACCAAUUUGCAGAAAGUGUUUUCGCCAAUUCCGUGACUAAGACGUGUUGA